CCGGAAAUGAGCAUUGCGUCGAGCUCUUCUGGAGAGGCAAGAGCACGAGCCCGUCCUAUCAGCUACGUUGUCAAAAAGCUCGGACACCUACGCCGAUAGUCCAGGAGGGUAUGGGACGCUGUUGCCGAGGACCAUCGACCUCCAGACGCGCACCAACAUGUCAAGCUCCAUAGUUCCUCACUGGAUUGCCAACAAACCGCAUCGUUCGAUCGACUCUACGAUCCUUCACCAUCCCAAUAGCGGCGAUCUCGUUCACGAAGUGUCGAACGCUUCAGAACAAGAUGUAGAAAACGCUAUCGUUGCGUCUCACGAAGCUUGUCAACAUUGGCGAAACACUACCUCUGGACUACGCCGCAAGGUCUUGUUGAGAGCUGCCAAACUGCUUGAGGAGCGCGCAGACGAAUUCGUACGCACCUGGAGACGCGAGAUGGACGUGUCUCAUCACUUCGCCGAAUUCAACGUGCGCACCAGCAUCUCGAUGAUCGAAGAGAUUGCGCACCUUAUCUCUAGCGCUCUGGCAGGGGAGCUACCCCGCACUGCUGACGGCAACGAUGUAUGCACUCUCGUGACUCGAGAACCGUACGGUGUUUGUCUCGCCAUUGCUCCGUGGAAUGCAGCGAUGAUCUUAUCCAUCCGAAGCAUCGCGACUCCUAUCGCGGCGGGCAACACGGUCAUCCUGCGGAGCUCCGAAGUUGUCCCCCACACUCAUUACCUAUGGGGACAACUUUUCGCCGACGCCGGCUUGCCAGCGGGAUGUCUGAACAUCGUCCACGCAGACCGCGACAGGGCUCCGGGCAUCACCAAGCAGUUGAUCGAGGACGACCGGGUGAGGCAUGUCAAUUUUACCGGAAGCUCCGCUGUUGGCAGGCAUAUCGGUCGCAUGUCGGGUCAGAACCUCAAGCCUUGUAUCCUCGAACUUGGAGGCAAAGCACCUGUCAUCAUCCUGCCAGAUGCUGAUUUGUCAGUUGCAGCGAAUAAUGUCCUCUUCCACUCGACUUUGAACGCCGGUCAGAUCUGCAUGUCAACCGAGCGCAUCCUUGUGCCGGAUCACCUGGUGGAGCAGUUCACAGCCGCGCUUCAGGAGGCAGCCAGCAAGUCUGAUCGAUUCAGUCAAGAUUUCCACGAGGCCCUGUAUUCCAGCGCUUCGGCCCAUCGCUUAAAUGGCAUGGUCGACGAAGCUGUACGAAAGGGUGCCAAGGUCUUGUUGGGUGGUACAUCAACUCCAGGUAAUCUCGGCGGUGUGCUAGAUCAAGCCAAGUAUCCUAUCACUAUUCUUGGCGACGUCACUCGGGACAUGACGAUCUGGAAAGAAGAGACAUUCGGUCCGCUCGCCAUCGUGGCUUCAGUCCAGCCGAAAGGCAACGGGGAGGCCUCUAUCGACGAUGCUCUCGUCCUCGCGGCGAAUGACAGUAGCUACGGCUUGGCAGCCAGUAUCUUUUCGAAGGACAUCGGCCGUGCCCUCAAGAUCGCCAGGCGACUGGAAACCGGAAUGAUUCGUAUCAAUGCGGGGACCGUAGGGGAUGAUCCUACCGUGGUAUUCGGGGGCUUCAAGGAUACCGGGUUUGGGCGAUUCAACGGGGCAGAGGGUCUCAGAAGCUUCACGCAGUCUCGAGCGAUUUCCUUCCCUUACGGGGGACCUCAUGUAUUGCCGUUGUAAUUACGAGUUUGGGAUGGACAUGACAAGCAACAGAGUGAUGUGGGCUGCUCCCAAGUGCCAAGUGAGAUCGAACUUGCAUUGCGAUCUUGUCGGUUCGAAC